CCGGGGCCGUGUGAGGGCGGCGGAGGCUCGGUCCGGCCCGGUCCCGUCCCGCGAGCCAUGCGGAGGCCGUAGCCAUGCAGCGCGCCGAGCUGCGCGACGGGGAGGCGGCGGCGGCGGCCGCGGCCUCCUACCGGGUGCUCAGCCGGCUGCUGGGCUACGGGGCCGGGCCGGAGGCGGGCGCGGCGGGAGGGGCCGUUCCCGGCACGGCGGGCGCGGGGCCGCCGGGCCCCGGCGGCGGGCGGCUGGCGGGCGGCGGGGCGUUGCGGGGCCCGCGGCCGCCGCCGCAGCUGAUGGUGUUCCGCAACGCGGCGGAGGGGCGGCCCGGCGAGGAGGGCGGCCCGGCGGCGGGAAGCGGCGGGGGCCCGGCGGGCGGCGGCGGGAGUGAGCUGCUCUGCCCGCGGCACCGCUGCGCCCUGGAGCCCAAGGCGGCGGCGAGGUGGGGGGCCGCGCCGCCGGCCGGGCUGGAGCUGCAGCUGGCGGCGCUGGGGCUGCGGCCGCCCGGGCUGGGCGCGAAGGGGCCGGCGGGCUGCCCUUGCCCCUGCCUCGGGCCGCCGCCGCCCGCCGGGCCCGCCGCCGAGGAGACCAGCGACGCGUUGUUGGUAUUGGAGGCGUUGGAGCCCGACGAGGCCGGGAGCUGCUCCGAGGAGGAGCCGGGAUCCCCGGGCCGCGGGGCCGCCCGCGCCGGCAGAGAAGCCCCCGCGCCGCCGCCCGCAGCCCCCGGGGAAGCCGGCCCCGGCGGCAGGAAGGGCUCGCUGAAAAUCCGCCUCAGCCGCCUCUUCCGCACCAAGAGCUGCAGCGGCGGCUCGGCCACCGGGGACGCCGCUGCCAGCGAGGGUCGACGCACCGGGGAGCUGCCCGCCUCGGCCGGCAGCCUGACCGACGUCUGCGGGGCCCGCGGCCGAGAGCAGGAGGCGGGCAGGAAACACAGACUCAUGAGAACUCAAAGUGCCUUUUCCCAGGUUGUGUUCAGCCCCCUCUUCACAGGUGAAACGGUGUCACUAGUGGACGUGGACAUCUCUCAGCAAGGACUGACCUCCCCUCACCCUCCGACUCCACCACCUCCACCACGAAGAAGCCUCAGCCUGCUAGAUGAUAUCAGUGGGACGCUGCCUACAUCUGUCCUAGUGGGUCCAAUGGGCUCCUCCCUGCAGUCGUUCCCUCUGCCUCCGCCUCCUCCGCCCCAUGCCCCAGACGCCUUCCCCCGGAUCGUGCCGCUGCGGGCGAUGGACGCAGUGCCCGGGCAGCCCCCCACACACCUGCAGUGCCCUCUCUACCGCCCAGACUCCAGCAGCUUUGCAGCCAGCUUGCGAGAGCUGGAGAAGUGUGGUUGGUACUGGGGGCCGAUGAACUGGGAGGAUGCAGAGAUGAAGCUGAAGGGGAAGCCGGAUGGGUCCUUUCUGGUCCGAGACAGUUCCGACCCCCGUUACAUCCUGAGCCUCAGCUUUCGGUCCCAGGGCAUCACCCAUCACACCAGGAUGGAGCACUACCGAGGGACCUUCAGCCUGUGGUGCCAUCCCAAGUUUGAAGACCGCUGCCAGUCUGUGGUGGAGUUCAUAAAGAGAGCGAUCAUGCACUCCAAAAAUGGGAAGUUUCUCUACUUCCUCCGAUCCAGGGUUCCAGGUCUCCCUCCAACGCCUGUCCAGCUCCUGUAUCCAGUCUCCAGGUUCAGCAAUGUCAAAUCCCUUCAGCACCUUUGUCGCUUUCGGAUCCGGCAGCUGGUGCGAAUAGAUCACAUCCCCGAGCUCCCGCUGCCCAAGCCCCUGAUCUCCUACAUCCGCAAGUUCUACUACUACGACCCGCAGGAGGAGGUGUAUCUGUCGCUGAAGGAAGCUCAGCUCAUCUCCAAACAGAAGCAGGAGACCGAGUCCUCCACGUAGCGAGGCUGCCUCACCCGGCUUGUUGCUCUCACUGAUGGAAUUGGAUUGUUGCCAUCCUGUAGCCCAAGUCAGGCUGCAGUGGGAAGGAGGCACGUGCCGGCUCAGCCUGCUUCUGCCCUGCUGCUUCUGCUCUCAAGCUCUUUUGUCCAGAGGAAGAGAGUUCAAGGUUCCCAAGAAGCACAGCAGAAGGGGAAGGAGAGCCUCAGCUCCUGGCUGGGGCAGAAGGGAUCUGGGAGGCAGCUGAGCCGAGCUCACAGAUUCCUUGCAGGACAAAGAAUGUCAUGGCACUACUUACAAGUUCUUGAAAGUUUUAUUUUUGAUGUCUUCUUCUUCUUUUUUCUUUAAUUAUUGUUUAUUUUCAGCAUGAGAAAUACUGUCUUAAUGAUCAGCUGAAUUUUGACAUCCUCCCUUGGAAACUUCAAGGUGGGGAAAGGGAGAGAAGGGGACUCUCUUAAGAACAUCGUCUGUUCCAGGCGCUGUGGCAAGACUGUUCUUUGGGCCUCACCCAGAGGGGAUGCAGCCAGAGAGCUUCCUGGAGGCAAACUGAGCCACAAUGAUGUGCAGCUCUAUGGAAUAACCCUUGGGGAGCAGGAAGCUCUUGGGUCAGCUGCACAACUCCCCUGCUCUGUAGGAUCUGGGAGAAGAAGGCCGAAGGGGCAGCUGAGCUUUGCCACUGAAUUUGCAGGGUGGACCUGUAUUCCUUUAAACUAGGCCCAAGGAAAGAGAAGAGCUCGUGAGCCAUUAGGAUAUUGUGGAGCCUUCUGGCAAAGAAAAUGGUUCUUGCUGCACUGGAGAGGAAGGACUGCUCCUCUGAGGAGGCAUUGUUUCUCUGGCAAACACGGAGAGGUUUGGCUGAGCCCCUGUGAUGGGUGGAAGGAAGGAAGGUGGCCAAGCUGUUGCUGUAGCUGUGGCAGCAGGACCUGGGCUGGAGAGAUCUCAGCUGUGCAGAGCUGUGGGAUGUGCACUUGUAGCCUUUCUCUGGCUGUCUCCAGAAGCUGUGAAGGAAGUGGCUUUCUGUCAAGCUGUGAAGGAUCUUGAGCAGGAGUUGCUGGGGCAUUUAAGAGGCAUCUCUGGGGUGACUCGGAGCAAGAGGCAGAGGGUUCUGCAGGAGCAGCAUCUCAUCUCUGUGAGCUUGCCUGCUGCUUCCUCCUCUCCCUGGGGUGUCUGUGGAACCACAGCAGUUCAGAAACAGUAAAGCCAAGAAAGAUGGUAGCUCUUGCUGUCAUUCUGGCCUUGGCACUGGCUGAAAUAGCCCCUCUCACCCCCCUUCAAAUCCUAGUCUGCUGUUUCAUCCACCGCAGCAACUGCAAAGAGUCUGCAUUUCAUGAUGGAGUUUCAAGUUUGCACAAAGUGAUGCUGAGAAGUCUGGAGAAACAUCUUUUCUCCUGUAUUUAAACAAGCAAAUGUUCCUGUGCUCUCAAACCCAGGAGAAGGAAACGCUCCAUCCUGCAACAGCCUGGUUGAGAAUGUGACGUGUGUGACUGAGGUCAGUGCCCUGUGAGGAGGCAGCAGCUGCUGGGACUUUGGGCUUGCCCUGCAGAGUGAUUUCUGACCUUGAAUUGGACAUAAACGUGUCUUAGUUCCUAAAGCAAAUUGGAAGAAUCCUGACUGUCUGCCUCUGCAGUGAAGGGUGCUAACAAAUCCAGCCCUCUCUUUUCUCAGCAUCACCUCUGGCCUCAGUGUUGGUCUUGGAGAGAAAGUGUGUUCUUUUUGAAAAGGAUUUGGCUUCCACAUUAAUAAUUAAGCUUCAAAAUCUGUAGAAAUACCUCAUUGGACACUACUCACUGUUGGACUGUUGGGGCAGUGGUUAUUGGGAAGGGAGAGCUGCCCCAGGACGUGCUGAACCAGCAUAUCCUGACCCGUGGUGAGAGAGGGGAGCUCCUCUGGCCUACAGCCCCCAGCGUCCUCCACUAGCGUUGGUCCUUCCCCUCAGCUCUAGACCCACAGCUCACAGUGGAACCUGCAAAUCAAUGCAGCUGCCUUUGACUCAAAUGCACAGCACUGGGUGCAUGUCAGAGGGGAAAAACAUCUGUACCUGCGGAGGUGGAGCUGGAGUGCUUACACAGCUGGCCCUGCUGCAUCUUGGCCAUGCAUGUGCUGAAGAUGUGAGUCUUCCAACUUCUCUGCAUGCUGGAAAGGAAAAUCUUCCUGAGAGCCAAGAGGUGCCUGAAGUGUCCCAUCUCUGUGCUGGGGAAGAACAGUGUGCCCAGUGCAUGUGUCUCCUGUCAAACUUCUCUCCAAAAAGAGACCCUGGAGACCAGGAUGUGAUGGCGUGGGCUGGUGCGUGGGGAUGGGUGAUGGGCUGUGGGAGAAGCUGGUCCUCUCCCUGGGGUGAUGGUGGUGAUGGUAUUUUCACUCCUUCCUUCCCUCUUCUGGGAUGGAGAGGUGCAGGGUGGGUUUGGGAAGGGGAAACAGCUGACCUGGAGAGCAAGCCAAGGGAAACUGGUGCUGGGCGGGUACUGGGAAUCAGCACAGAGUCUGUCCUGCCAGUGCUGGGGUGGGGUGAGAACACUUGGUCCUGCUCCAUGGCAGGUCAGGAGACAGAUCCAUCCCCUUCCCCUCCACAGAACUCACCAGGAGGAGGGGUGAGAGGGCUCAGCAGCUUCCAGAGCUGUCAAAGGAGCAGCCAGACUUUAGGGGCAAUACUUGAUUCACAUGUGUUUGGUCGGCUGUCCUCCUUGGGAGGACUCCUCUCAGCUGCCUGCUGCUGCUUCUGCUCUUACUUGCACCCCUCCCCAAAUUUAGGCCAGCAGCAGGCUUUAGGUCUGUCUGCAGCAGCUGAAAUGAUGAAGGAAAUGUGCUUGGGGGUUGUAGGAUAGGGGAUGAGCAGGACAGUAACAUAUCAUGCUGAUGAGUUUGGUGUCAGCUGGAGCUGCACAGGGGUCAGCUCUGCCAUGGAGGCGACAGAUGCCCUUCAGCCUUCCCAGGGCCUUCCUCCACCUCACUGUGCUCCACAGGAGCUGGAGCAGGGUCAGUGCCAGGCUGCUGCCUGGGGCUGGUGGUGCUGGAUAAGCUCCUACAGUUAACUGUAGUUAACGGCCUUCUCUUGAAAGCCAUUUAAAAUCAAGCUGUUCCUGGUACUCCUUCACAUCUAGGUGUGAGGAGAGGGAGGGAUGUCAUCUGCUGUUUGGGUGUGGAAAGGCUCCAGAGCUUUGCUUUCAAUGCUGAAUGGUCUCUGCCGAGGUAGGGGUGGUCUCUGGGGAACAUGGGUGAUACCUCAGGGAGGUGGCUGAGUACUGUUUGGCCAGUGAACCCCCAUCCCUGUCUGGGGAGGAACACCUCACGUUUGUGUCCUGCCUGAAGAGGGGUUUGUGGGUUGGUUCUGGAGGGUGCUCUCAUCCUGCUGAUUUGGAAGAAAAUGUUAUAGCCUCCUUUGUCCAACCUUGAAUUCUGCAGAGGUUGCUGCCGUCCUCGUCCCUCUCUCAGGGCCCAGAGGUGGAUGAGCAAUGAAAUGGACCAUAAAAACUGCCAAAGUGCAGAAACUGCCUCUGGAAAAGCUCCUUGUUCAGCUGGAUGGGUGCAGCCUUCAGCCUGGGUUGAACCUGGUUCCCAGGUUGAUAAGAUCCCACGGCAUGGUUUGCUCAAGCCUGUUGGGCUUGGCAGGGCCCCUCCUCCUCUCCCUGCAGCCUGUUUCAGGGUAGGGAAUGACCUGGAUCGCUCCAGCAGUGUGGCAUUUGGAUAAGCCAGGGCAGUUUUCUCACAUCAACCUCCUUGAAAGAAGCAGGGAAAAAAGAAUCCUCCUUAGCUUGGUUUGGGUAGGACCUGCUGCAGGCAAGGUGGGAACCACACAAGCGAGGAGGAAGUGGUGGUUUUGUAAGUCCCAGGCUCGUGGCACUUACAUAUCUGGCCACCUUUUACAGCCUAAGAGUGUGUUUUAAUGGCCCCAUGUUACAGUGUGUGUGCCUGAAGGAGCAGGGGGAUAUGCUGGGCUGUGCCCUGGCCAGGCAGGCUCUGCUGCAGGUUAUGCCUGGGGAUGAAGUCUUGUCUGGGAGCAGUUUGGGGAGGAAAAGGCUGGCAAGUGAGAUUUGCAAAGAGAAGGAUUUCCUGCUCCCCAGAGCAAGGCUGUUGUCUUUUGUUCUUUGCAGUUAAAGUCAGCCCUUGGGACGAUUUUACCCGUAAGAAGUGACCAUCAGGUCUGAGCCUGAUGAAGGUUCAGCGGGGACACAGACCCUCAGGUUUGCAGGGAUGGGGGAUAUUCAUCUGAGCAGCCCCUGUAGUGCUGCUCUUCCUCUCCCUUGCCCCUUAUUCCUCAGCCAGAGUCUUCCAGGUGAGAUGGGGCAGGUGGGACACCUCUGCCACCCCUUCCCAAACCCUCCCCUAGGGAUGCCUCUGACCGUGCCUCCAGCUGAAAAGCACAACUGGUGCCCAGAAACACGGGGGUCUCCCAGUGCCCUCCCCUGGCUGCUCCCCACCUCAGCCAGGGUUUUACCCCACAAAACCACCGAUGGGCAGCGAGUAACGCUGGGUGCAGAUUUGCCUUUCGAGAGGGAAGGAGCAGAUCUCAGCAGCUCCAAGGGCAGGACCGUGUGCUGCUCGUGGCCAGGGUUGCUGACCCACUGUUGGGAGAAAUGCAGCUUUGCUUCGUUUCAUCUUCUUUUGGGGGGUGUUGGGGGGCAGAUGGGGGUUGGUUUGUUCAUUUGGGGUUCUUGUUUUUUUAUUUUGGUGUGUGCUUAAUUUAUUGAAAUAGUUGCUGUAUAAUUUAUUUUCAUAAAGUAUAUUAAAGAAGUUACUAAGUGGGUAAAAAGAACGAAACAGGCUGGCAGGCCAAUCUUUCCGAGGAGAAAAGAGAGAGGGGAAAGAAAAAGAGAUGUUUUUUUGAUAUAAACGCAACAAAUGCACUUUUGUGGGUGUGUUUGGUUAUUUUUGGGGAUAGGAAGGGGGAGCCUGGCUGUCCCUGGGCUUGGGGGGGUUGUCUGUAUAUAUUGUGUUAAUAGGCAUGUCUGGCCUCUCGUGUGGUAACCGCUGCAGGUCCUGGUGGGGCAGCUGGCGUGAAGUUCCCCGUUUUUGGCCUUUGGUUUUGGGUUGUUUUAGGGUUUUGGGGUGGUUUGGGGUUUUUUUUUUGGUAAGUGGUCAGUGAGGGAGAGCUGACUUGUGUGUUUGUAACUCCUUUCUAUCGUUGUUUUGACCGCUGAUUUGUGUUUGGG